CCGCCAACGACUCUCCUCCAACCAAAGCCCGACAUCGCCAUCGUUGCAUUUCAGCCUGCGUGUCUCCUUUUUUUGUCGUGUUCCUCGGUUUGCAGGCUACGUACAGUUUCUUUACCUUUCCUGGCCAACAUCACCAUCAUCUGCAGCAGCAGCAGUAGCAACAGCAGCACGAAACCUCCCCUCACAACCAAACAGGCAUCAUCAUCGUCAUGGACCGUCCGCAGCUCUUCACUCGAGGACUCUCGGGCCUCAGCCAAUCCACGGAGACAAACUCGCCCGCCGAGCAGCGCGACGACGCCAAGCGCAAUUUUCUCAAGACGAUGCGGCCGCUGCCCACCCAGCACUACUGGAACGUCUUCUUUGACCGGCAAACAAAGGAACAAAGCCCCGACAACAAGGAAGAAUACAGCGUCGAGCUCGAGCAGGUCGGGACCCAGAUCGAAUCUGUGCAGGACUUUUGGCGCUACAACAACAAUAUGCCCGUCGCCAACAUCAAGAUGCGCGAGUCGCUGUACCUCUUCAAGUCGGGCUUCAAGCCUGUCUGGGAGGACCGCCGCAACAUCAAGGGCGGUAGCUGGACGUUUCGCGUGCCAAAGACGUCGGGGCCUGACUUUUGGACGCAUGUCCAGAUGCUGGCUAUUGGCGAGCAGCUCGAGGAGUCGCUAGCUGAAGGCGACCAGCUCUGUGGCGUGGGACUCUCGGUCCGCUUCAACUCGCACCUCAUUACAAUCUGGCACCGCGAUGCCUCGAAACAGGCUUCCAUUGACGGAAUGCUCGCCUGUGUCCUCGCUGAUAUCCCUGCCGAGCUGCGUCCGCGACCAGACAAUUACUUUUACAAGAAGCACUCGGAGCACGCUGGCUUCAAGGUGCCUCCUGAGCUGCAGCACCUGGUCGAUGGCGGCGUCAAGACGGCCGAUGCCUCGCCGACUGCGUAGGUAGACAGACAGCUUUGGUUAUACAUGUGUGAGAAAUAUAUGGAUAUGGGGAAAUACGAGGAUGAUACGGGAUAUAUUUGGCAAGGAACGCGUGUUCCACCAAAAAUUGGGUUGCAUGCAGGCGUACGGUGUUUUUCUUUUUUAUAGGCCAUUUAACCUUCUCAUCAGGUUAUAUACAUAGAUACUUUAUGACAUUCAAUGGACCUCUUUUUUUUCGACAAUCUUAUCAGUAUUUCUUUUCUCGUCUCUCUGUUCAUACAUAGAAACGGUACCUGACGCCCUCUCCGAAAUAGCAAUCCAACGCCAAAGCCCAAAACAGGGCAGACCCAAACUCCAUCAACAUGCAAAUAGAAAAACAGGGGGUAUUAUCACAGCAAGUCGUCACCGCCACACGCCAGCCCGCUGCAUGACAUCGUCAAACUCGUCCAUCUUGACGCCGCGCACCACCCCCGACCCGCCAUUCGCCUCGAGAAUCAUAUCCUUCAGCACCUCCUCAUCCACAUCCUCCUUAAGAACAGCCGCCACGCGCUUCAGAUGCGCCAGCGUAAUGGGCCCGUCGGUAUCGUUAGUAAACAGCCGAAACGCCUCGUCGAGCUCGGCAUCGUGGGCGGUCGUGCCGCGGUCCUGGG